AUGGAGAUUGAUCAUUGUAUGCUCGGAGGUCUCUUGCUGGCUGACCUCGUCUCAAAGGCGGCAAAAAGAGUCGAGAACCAAGACAGGGAAUUCCAGCCAUUCUGCCGAUGGCGUGCAAACAAGGAACCUGAGGUGGGAGACCUGUCCGAGAAUAGACAGAGACAAAGACGGCAUCUGCAUAGGUAUGUAAGCGCAACAACAUUGGUAGACAAGCCAUGGGCGCAGCAACAGCCAAGAGUCAGGACCAACAAGAGCAACGAAACUGCUUGCGAAGUUAUGGAUAGCAACUUGCCUAGCUUUGUGCUUCUGAGGCAAUCGUUCCAGAAGCAGGAGCAAUAUCUGUCUACCUUACUUACCUUACCUGGCUGCCUUACAUCGCUCCGAACAUAUCGUCAAUUCUAA